AUGGCUUGUGCUAUUUUUUUGUUGAUUUUCUUGAUGGUGGAGAUGUUCCUUGUAAAAGUGGGUCCCACAGUGACAUCUGUCAAUGGAAUUUUUAACGUUGUUGAAUAUGGAGCUGUGGGUGAUGGAAAAAGAGAGAACAGCAAUGCUUUCUUAGCUGCAUGGGAAGCUGUGUGUUCCUAUGCUGGCAGAUCGAGCUUUAUGGUGCCUAAAGGAGAGUUCUUAUUGGGCCCUAUCACUUUUAAUGGACCAUGCCAUCAGAAAUCAUCUCAUGAAGUCAUCAUAAAUGGGAUACUAAAAGCACUUCCGGACCUCGCUGCAUUUGCUGAUGACAGUUGGAUAAAAUUUGAAGACUUACAUGGGUUGACAGUGAGGGGAGGGGGAGUUGUUGAUGGUCAGGGAGCCGAUGCUUGGAACUUGACAACCUGCCCCAAGAAGAGAAAAUGCCAGCUUCUCCCAACUAAAGAUGAUAUGUCAUUAGAAGUUGUGGUGUCAUUGCCUUUGCCUGUAGGUGAUCCGUUUACAUUUGAUUAA